AUGGCUUACACUGAUGAACUAAAAUUGACGAAGUUAAAUAUCAUACAGUACGUUCGGUUGCUUGAGUAUGCUAACCCUCACUAUGUUAAAAGGAACUUAGUGGUAGCUCGGGUGCGUUGUUUGGUUGUUGGUCUGUUCCCUGAGCUUGACGGUUGGAUUGCAAACGUUUCAUCACCAAUCGUCAGUGCACUGACGAUGUCACCUCGAUUGGUGAUGAAACGUUUGCAAUCCAACUGCCAAGCUCGGCGAACAGACAAACACCCAAAGUCAGCAUUAUAUCUACGGAUUAAUUUUUCACACCCAAAACUGCCACAUAAAAUUAGCACUGGCGGAAUUAUACAAGCAUACAGAGGAUCACACUUUAGAGCGUUUUGCACUAAUGUCAUCGUCACAUUCACGCCAAAGCUAUCCAUUUGGUUGAUUGGUUGGAAACGACACUCGAAAUAUGUUGGCGCAAUUUGUUAUGAACCCAUCCGACUUGCACCGGUUUUCAACAAGGCAUUCACACGUCGACCGAUAGCCAGUGUCUCAGGUAUUUCGAAAAACAUUUCAAGGAUUCAACGCCCCAUCUACUUGCCUGUUUCUAAUAAUUCCACUCAGAAACAAUCAGGAAAACAAAUUAUUCUGGCUCUCGCAAUGGAUUCGCGCACACUAGUGUAUGUUGCGUAUCAGAAGCAAUGA